CGAAAAUUUUCAUCUAUCAUAUCGCUUACUAGCACUAAUCCCGCUCGACUCUACUCAAAAAAUUCACUUUCGAAAUUUGACAAUAAUCAUGUCAUAUCGAGAACCAAAGUAGUACAAAAUAAUUCUAAAGUUUUUCACAAAAUUUAGCCUUUUUCCUCCACGUACUUUAUCUUCUUUAAUUUUACACCCUAGUCCCACUCUAAUAUCAAAUUAUUUCUCCAUUAUUUGAUGACAUAAAGAAAAAGAUAAAGGCAAAGUUUUGAGAGAGAAAGUGAAUUCCCAGUUUUUGAAUUUGAUGAAAAUGAAAACUAGUGCAAAAUUCAUAGUUUUACAUCCUUCAAUGCACAAACAAAGCAAUGGUGGAUCAGUAAUAGCUUCAUCUCACCGGAGUUGGUUCCUAUUUUUCUUGAUUUUUUUCAUAUCUGCUUUUGUAUUCAUUUUCUUCACCACCAGGGAGGCCGCCACCACUGCUAGAACAGCCGCCGCCGCUUCCAAGGGUGUAUUACCAAAACCCAUCUUUGAUACACUACUUCACUAUGCUUCUAUGAAUCCAACAAACAUCACCGGUCGCAUGUCAUCCGCCGAGCUAAAAGCCAUCGCCACCGUCCUCCGUCGCUGUGCCGCUCCAUGUAACGUACUUGUUUUCGGGCGCAGCCACGAGACCCUCCUUUGGAACUCACUCAACCAGAAUGGGCGCACAGUUUUUGUCGAUGAAAGCGCUUACUUCGUCUCCGUUCUCGAAGAAAGACACCCAGAAAUCGAAGCUUACGACGUCCAAUACGCUACCCAAGUCAGCGAAUUAUACGAUUUGAUAGAACAUUACAAAUUACAGGUGAAAAAUGAAUGCAGGCCAGUUCAGAAUCUUCUCUUUUCAGACUGCAAGCUGGCCGUAAACGACAUGCCGAACCAGCUAUACGACGUCCCAUGGGACGUGAUAGUGGUAGAUGGGCCAAGUGGGCACUCCCCAUCGUCGCCGGGGAGGACGCCAUCGAUAUUCACUGCCGGAGUUUUGGCUAGGAGCAAAAGGGGCGGCGUAGAGAAAACCCAUGUGUUUGUGCAUGAAUUUGAACGAGAAGUGGAGAAUGUGAGCAGUUUUGAAUUUCUGUGCAGAGAAAAUUUGGUGGAUACCAUAGGCUCGUUGGCGCAUUUUCUUGUGGGAAAAAUGGAGGCUACUGAGUUUCAGUUCUGCCCUAAUUCUGAAUCUUCUUCGUCUCCACUUAAAUCCCUUGAAGAUGAUUGAAUAAAGUAUUGAUCAGGAUUUGCUCUU